CCAACGAACUUCAGUGUUGAAAAACAGAGUAUCAUCUGUGCUGUGCAAUAAAGUUUUUGUUUUUUCAGAUUGGUUAUCUAUUCUAAGAGCCCUUGGAAAUAUGCACAGUGUGGUUGAUUAAUCACAACACUCGGUGGCGCCCAGUCGUUCUCAAUACACGUUCGCCGAGGCUCUGAAAAGUACGUGAUAUUUGAGCUAUAUAAAUCAAUCCUAAUUGUGUCUUACUGCUGGUUUAUGAACGUAUAUUUAUCUACUGAACCAAGUAUCUCAGAUGUAAAACAAAAGGCAAUACAAACACAUUUCGGUAAGCUCCCCAGAAAUGCGACAUUCAGACUUUUGAGCGUGUGCGUUCAUUAUAGCGCUGCAGACCGCGCCUUCUCUUAUUAUUUGAGCGUCCAAUUGAAUUUGACCAAAAACUAACAGUAACGUAUGAAACCAAUCCGAUGCGGCUAGUUUACACCGUUGUAUCCACUGAUUGGGUAUUCUGGCUGUCGAUCAUAGCCGUCGGUACACCUUACACGCUGGACGACUUUUUUCAUAUUUUUGCAUAGCCGUCUAACCUGCUGGCAGUUAGAUAUCUACGAUACCGUUACGACUCCGGUUAAUAAUCCAUUGUCGUUUAUUUAUACGCGAAUAUAGUUCGAAUAUAAGGCAUCUCGUUUAUUCUCGCGUUUGUCAGGACCGAGGGACGCGGAAGUCUGCUGUUGACUUCUAAAAGCGAACUCUAAAGCUAGCCGUUACGUUACGUGUAUGGUCCAUUCAAAUACGUGUUAAACGCAUAUUUUCUGAUUGUUUAUACUGUGUUGCUAUAUAUCAGGUGCGUAUAUGAUGCUCUUGCAGAAAACUGUAAAUCUGGCCUCGCUGGCAGUGGCAAACGCGAUGCUAACUGCCUGAUAGCAUGUGCUGUGUUGCUAAUGUUAAUGGAUCUUUGUACAAGCUCGAUCCGGUUGCGGUUCUGGUUUUUCGACUGGCUUGCAUUUGUGUUUAAAUGAGAUCAAUAUCGUGUUGUUGGAGUGAAACUAGUACGCGGCGUUUACCUCACUGGUUCUCUCAUCACCAUAUCAACGCAUGACACUUUAGCGAGAGGCAUGUGCUAAUAGUGUUAACAGCUCAUCCCCGUAUUCACAAGUCUAUUCAUCCAACGAACGAAUAAAGACGCACGAUCAAGUUUUGUAGUCUCACGCGGAGGGAGGACAUGUUAUGGUUGUGCGCUAUUAGCUCGCAUCGAGUCCGGGAUAGGCCACGUCGCCUGUGUGUGCGUUAAUGUAUUUGAUCUACUGGCAUUGGCGUUGCGUGAACGCAAACAAGGAAAACGCGAAAUCGCCAACUGUGCGGAAGGGACACGGAGGAAACGUCAAAAUUGUAGUUGUCACCAACUUCAGGACACCUCAAGGUUGCUAUAAGCCGAACGGUUGAGAAACUUGUGGAUAUAAUGCGUUUUAUUUAAAUACUUGACGGUCGACAACUUAGUUCGACGGUGACUACGGUAACUUACACACAUUUUAACGCUCACGCAAAGCCGGUGAUCGUAAUCGGGGCUUCUCUUCGAUUACACAAUGAUCGGGUUCGGCGCGAAUCGACGCGGUGGUCGCCUCCCGUCUUUCAUCCUGAUCGCGUUUUUGGUGAUUAUCGUCAUUGUGUCGUUUAACUACUGGAGCGUGUCCUCUAAACACGGGCGGCUGCUGGACGAGCUGGCCGAGGUGCAGACGCAGGUGAAGCGCACGGACGCGGCGCGCUCCCGCCUGGAGAAGAGAAACUCCGAGCUGAUGAUGCAGGUGGACUCGCACAGGAAACAGAUCGAGCAGAAAGAUGGAGACCACAGCGUGCUGGAGAGCAAACUGCAGGCUAGGGAUGCGCUGCUGAAAUCCUGCACCGACGAAAAGAAUAAACUCCAAAUUGAUGUCAGUGACCAGAUGUCAGAGAUUCACAGGCUCAAGGAGCAGCUAAAGGAGUUAAGACAGGAAGUCAUCCGACAUGAAGACCAGUUGAGGGAGGUGCGCAAAAACAGCACUAAUCUGGAGAAAAAGCUGGAAUAUGAGAGCUUACAGUGUGGUCGUCAGAUCGCUGAGCUGAAAGCGGAAUAUGACGAGAGCAAGAAGAGAGUGGAUGAGGAGGCAGCAAAACUCAGACAGAGUUUGUUGGAAAAUCGUAAAGCAGAGGCAGGGGGUCGGCAGGUGGAUUUAGAACUCGACAGCAACAAAAGAAAGGAAAAUGAGGAUGUUGCAGAGCACCACACAGUGGCUGUGCAGCAACACGAUGGCCAGGCUCUUAAAGAUGAGAUUGUUAAACCUGGUAGUGAUGCGGGCAUGCCUGGCAUUGAGGACAGUGAAGUUGGCAAGAUAGACGAUGCACAGUUUGCACUAAAGAAGCCAGCCAUCACACAGAAACAUAUGGAGCCCGCAGAGGCUGCCGCAUUGCUGAAGGAGGAGAGGGCAGGGCUUGGAGCUGGUGCUCUACCAGGGGAUGAUUUGGCCCAAGGGCAACCUUUGGAUCGACCGGACAUGCCCCAUGAUGAAAGUCUGCGUUUAGGGAACCAUGAGGGCCCCAUCCAGCAGCAGGUUCCGAAGCCAAUGGCUGACAAAACAAUGCUGUUUGAUGAGGACAAUAAGAUCAUUAAGGCAGAUGAGUUUGGGGAGCAGCGCAGACAACUGGGAGCUCCUGAAGUUUUGAAGGCAGAGGGAGUUGGACUUCCUCCAAACCCUGCUCAGGUCCUGCCCAAACCCAUUGAUCCUCACAAUGGCAGGGAUCAUGUGCCUGCUGAACAUCCACGCCACCGCCAGAGCCGUUUCUUUGAUGAAAAUGAGUCCCCUGUAGAUCCGCAGCACGGCAAUAAGCUGGCGGACUACAACGGGGACGAUGGCAACGUGGGUGAGUAUGAGGCGGACAAGCAGGCCGAGCUGGCCUACAAUGAGGAAGAGGAUGGUGAUGGUGGGGAGGAAGACGUCCAAGAUGAUGAAGACCGGGAGGCUCCAGGUGAAAGGGCUGUGGAUUAUGGCAAACGACAUCAAGCAAUUGACAUGCUGUAGUUCCAUCCUGAAAUAUCUGAAACUUCGACUUGGACGUUCCUGAAAAUGAAGUAGCAAAGAGAGGGGAAAAACUCUCGGAUUUCAGCUGUGAUUUUGGUGUAAUGUAUGAUUGGAGAUUCAAACUAUUUUAUUGACUUCAGAGAAGGAGAGUCAUACAGCAGUUACGGAUGGGAAAUUGAUUGUCGCUGCUGAGACUUUUAUUCAAUUUAACUGCGAAUGUUUGCUUACACAUGACCUAAUUUGAGAGGAAUUUGUUUCCCCCCAGCUGUAGCACUGAUCUAACAGAUUUGGGAUUUGGAAAUGGUAAAAAAUAUAUGUACAAAUGAUUUUUUAUUUUCUUUUUUCUGAAAUAAAACACCUUGGACUAGAGGAUUUUACUGUGACAACAGUUAACAUGGAAGUAAUGUUUAAUUCACAUUAUUUCAAGUGGAACAUGUUGCUACAACUACUGAAAGGACCUACAAUACGCAAGAUUUCCUCCCCAAGAACUGCAUAAUAACAACUUUUGUCUGGAUAUUAGAAAAGACCUUCUGUAAUUGCUGGAGCCAAUUUUUACUGGUUCUGGAUCUAAAGGAAAACUCAUGUCAAUACCCUCUUGUAAGGACAUUAUUGCAUGCAAAAGACAGCCUUUGUAAAUCAAUCCGUAGAACAAAAAAAGCAAUACGUUGUGCCACAGACUAAAUCAUGACAGCUGUCAGCCUGCUUCCUUUCUUACUGGUAGCCCUAGAUGUACAGUAGGCAUAUAACAGAGGAGUCCACGUGGCAAGUGAUGCUGUAGAAUUCCUAAACUCUCAAAUGGAAAUAAUGAUCACAGACCUAACUUUGUUUUUUCAUAAUCAAGUGAAAUUUGAUAGGAUUUGCAUACUGAAUGUACUCUUAAAGCUUGUGAUUGUUGUGAGAUCUGUCACAUGGGUGUUUGGGCUAUUUAACUCACAAAGCUACGCAGUGCAAUCCAAGGAUAACAUUUAACAAAAUGCUUUAUAUUUCCAAAUAAAACUGGUUUUGUUUUGGAAAGUACAAUUUUUAUCACUGUGAUAUGACACACAGAAAGUAAUGUUGAGAAAGCACGGUUCAGAAAUCAUGAUACAUAUUCCCAAGCUGCUUUAGAAACAACUGACUAAAUUAAAACCAAUAAAUGAUUUCUUUAUGUAUACA